UCCCAGCACUUGGUAUCGCUCAGAUUGUAACAGUUUCUCUGUAGGUUUCCUGUUCAGUUUCUUUGAGGGAGUGAGCAUGGCCGCCGCUGAGAUAGCUCGGCAGAUGGGCGAAGGGUGCCGCAGUCUUCCUCUCUCUGGACAUGUGGGAUUUGACAGCCUGCCGGACCAGCUGGUUACCAAAUCAGUAAAUCAUGGCUUUAGUUUUAAUAUACUCUGUGUGGGUGAGACAGGUCUUGGAAAAUCAACUCUUAUGGAUACAUUAUUUAAUACAAAAUUUGAAGGGGAACAAAUAUCUCAUUCUCAACCUGGCGUUCAGCUGAAAUCGAGCACGUAUGAUUUGACUGAGAGUAACGUACGUCUGAAAAUGACCAUUGUCAGCUCUGCAGGGUUCGGAGAUCAAAUUAAUAAAGAAGAUAGCUACAAGCCCAUCAUUGAAUUCAUUGACUCCCAGUUUGAGUCAUACCUACAGGAAGAACUCAAGAUAAAACGAGUUCUACAUAAUUACCAUGACUCUCGUAUCCAUGCGUGCCUCUAUUUCAUAGCUCCUACGGGCCACUCCCUGAAAUCCUUGGACUUGGUGACCAUGAAGAAGCUGGACAGUAAGGUCAAUAUCAUUCCAGUUAUUGCAAAGUCAGAUGCCAUUUCGAAGAGUGAGCUGACAAAAUUCAAGAUUAAGAUAACAAGUGAGUUGGUUAGUAACGGGGUGCAGAUCUACCAGUUUCCAACAGACGAUGAGACCGUGGCAGAAAUAAAUGGGACAAUGAAUGCUCACUUACCAUUUGCAGUUGUUGGGAGUACAGAAGAAGCCAAAAUAGGAAACAAAAUGAUGAAGGUUCGGCAGUACCCAUGGGGAACUGUACAAGUUGAAAAUGAAACGCAUUGUGACUUUGUAAAGCUGAGAGAGAUGCUGAUACGGGUAAACAUGGAGGAUCUGCGUGAGCAAACACACACACGUCAUUAUGAGCUGUACAGAAGGUGCAAGAUGGAGGAAAUGGGGUUCACAGACACUGACCCAGACAGUAAACCAUUCAGCUUGCAGGAGACAUAUGAAGCAAAAAGAAAUGAAUUUCUGGGGGAAUUGCAGAAGAAAGAGGAAGAAAUGAGACAGAUGUUUGUGCAAAGAGUAAAAGAGAAAGAAUCAGAGUUGAAAGAAGCAGAAAAAGAGCUCCAUGAAAAGUUUGACCGCCUGAAGAAACUGCAUCAAGAUGAAAAGAAAAAGCUAGAAGACAAGAAGAAAAGUCUUGAUGAUGAAGUCAAUGAAUUUAAAAAGCGGAAGACUGCAGCGGAGUUACUCCAGUCCCAGGCACAGCAAGCAGGAGGAUCACAGACCCUAAAAAGAGAAAAAGAGAGAAAAAACUUCUUUUAAUCUGUCUCAGCCUAUGACUGAAGGAGAAGACUGCUCCUUGUAGAAGAUUUAGAGGUCCCAUUUUAUUUGGGAAUGGGAGAGGAAAAAGUCAUUUUAUAACAGAAAAAUACUAAUCCUAACCAUUGCUGUUCUUCUGUGACUUGCAUGGUAUACAUUGAGAUGUAGGAGAAGGAUGAACAUUUGACUGUGUACACAAUGUAUUAAUAACAUGACUUAAAGAAGCAUUUCAUCCUUAUGUCUAUCCGUAACACAAUGCCUACAUGUAAUGCCUUGUUCCCUAUGGACACUGGCUAUAUGUGUCUUGCUAUUAUAGUAACCCAUAGAGCAGUGCUCAGGUCAUUGUAGAGAAAGCCAUUCUGAAAGUUGUUUCUGGAUUUGGUGAAUGUGUGCCUUGUAAUAAAGGCAGCAUAGCUCGGGCGAGAUUCCUCUCCAUGCGACUGUAGUGGUUUGAUAACCAACAGGACAGCACACAAUAAUGUAUCCAUUACAAGGCAAUGGGUGUAAUGCACUGCUCUUUCUCAUGCAAUACUGGAUGAAUAACCAUGUUCUAACCUGAUAUAAGGGAUGCAUGAUAAGUAGGCUGGAAAAGAACCUAUGUGCAUUAAGUUUGAAAUGUCCCUUUUCUAAGUACCCCUGUCUAUUCAGAAUGAUGCAAUUCCUGAUGUAGCCUCAUCUGACUUCUGUAAUCCAAUUCCCCACGGGGUCAGUCAUUUAAGCCUAACAUAAAAGUGGGUGAUACCGUAGGACUUUCUAUUAUGUGCAGUCAUUUUCUGAAUCCACCGCUGUUAUUUCCCCUGGUAGGUCAGGUUGUUACCACAGUAACUGUGGGGGGAACCCUUUAUGUAACAGAGACUGAUACUGCCUUCCGAAAUCUCAGGAUGAUAUAUGCUCCUUUUGUGAGGCGCUGUGAAGAGAUACUUGUAAUACCCACUAUAUUUAUCUAAGUAGAUGCAUUGUGUUGUGUGCUCUCCUUUUACAAUAAACAAAACCCAUUUGGGCAACAUACUAAAAAGAA